CAAGAGAAAGUACAAAAAAGCACAACUGCACCUGCGAACGAAAUGAGUCCGAGCAACACUGCUGAGGCCGGUCAGCCUCUUCCUGCUUGCUCCACAGUGGCCCAGAGAAAACAAGCCCACGAACUCAGAAAGACUUUGAAGCCCUUGCUGGAGAAGAGAAGACGCGCUCGCAUUAAUGAAAGUCUGAAUCACUUGAAGAGCCUGAUUUUACCUCUUGUUGGCAAAGACAACGCACGUUACUCCAAACUUGAGAAAGCCGAUAUUCUGGAGAUGACCGUACGCUUCAUCAGAGAUCUUCCUUCCUCCCCCGUCAAAGACUCUACAGACAGUUACAGAGAAGGCUACAAAGCCUGCCUCCAGCGGGUCUCCGCUCUGCUGCCCAAAACCAACCUGGACCAGGACGCGUGCCGGCGGGUGCACGACUUCAUCCAGCAGACCAUGUCAGCCACAGUCACACCGACCUGCCUGAACUGUUGCACCCAUAGCCCCAGGACUCUCCCUCAGAUCCAACAGAGGCUCUUAAGCCUCAAAUCCAGCUUUAGCUCCAGGCCUGAGAGCCAAUCCUACAUCGGCCUGGGUGCCCGGGCUCCCAGCCGAUCCCAGGCCCUCCAGCAUCCGGUCGGCGCUGACAUGUGGAGGCCUUGGUAGAACUGAUGGACGUCCAUCUCAUCUUUGUCUGUUUAUAUGUAUAUUAUCUGUAUUCUAUCGUUGUUUAAGCAAUGAAGACCUGAUGAAAUUGCUACAGAGGAUGUUAAUUUUGUUUUUGACGCGUGUUGCGUUUAUUACAUGAAGGCAGGAGCACAGAUCGCAAACAAACUGAAGUCUAUGAACGUUUUAGAAUGCAAUCCUCUUUGGGGUUUCAAAGAGACGAGUUGUAGACAACACUUUUGUAAAACCCCAAGGGUUAUUUAAUUGGAGGGUUGCACUGUGGACUCAAAGCUAUUUUGGUCUGUGCAACAGAACAGUCUGUAAACACUAUGUGUUCUACCUGAAUAUUUAUUUUUCAUUUCUGACAUGUAAAACAACUUUUUUCUUGACAUUUGUGAUGUUUUUUCAUUGUAAAAAGAUUGGAAAUAAAUGUACGCU